CAAUUCUAAAAUCAUAUUUUUUAGAACUUAAAAGCAAAAGAUAUCUGUAGAAAGUACAUAAACAAACUCAAAAAAACACACACACUAAGACAAAAAUAAAAUGGAGUCAAAUUGGCUUCGAAUUUUUGUCCUCUUGGCUUUUUGCUUCUUUCCAGUUUUUGGCAUUACUCGUCAUUACAAGUUCAAUGUGGUAAUGAAGAACAUGAGUCGUCUAUGUUCAAGCAAGCCUAUUGUCACUAUUAAUGGAAGAUUUCCAGGACCAACAAUUUAUGCUAGAGAAAAUGAUAGAGUACUAAUCAAAGUAGUUAACCAUGUCAAAUAUAAUGUCUCAAUCCAUUGGCAUGGUAUUCGACAACUUAGAACUGGUUGGGCAGAUGGACCAGCAUAUAUCACACAAUGUCCAAUUCAACCAGGGCAAAAUUAUGUAUACAAUUUCACAAUUACAGGCCAAAGGGGUACAUUAUUUUGGCAUGCACAUAUUUUGUGGCUAAGAGCUACUGUCCAUGGUGCAAUUGUCAUUUUGCCUAAACGUGGUGUGCCAUAUCCAUUCCCUAAACCUAACCAUGAAGCUGUGGUUGUUUUAGGUGAAUGGUGGAAAUCUGAUACUGAAGCUGUGGUUAAUGAAGCUCUAAAUUCAGGAUUAGCCCCUAAUGUUUCUGAUGCUCACACAAUUAAUGGUCAUCCUGGCCCAGUCCCCAAUUGUCCGUCUGAAGGUGGAUACACAUUAAGUGUUGCUCCUGGUAAAACAUACAUGUUACGAGUGAUAAACGCAGCACUCAACGAAGAGCUUUUUUUCAAAAUUGCUGGUCACAAAAUGACAGUAGUUGAAGUCGAUGCUACUUACGUUAAACCCUUCAAAUCGGACACAAUUUUAAUAGCCCCUGGCCAGACAACAAAUGUCAUACUCACAGCAGAUCAAAAAUUCGGAAAAUACAUGAUGAUUGCUUCUCCAUUCAUGGAUUCACCAAUUACGGUGGACAACGUGACAGCUACUGCCACGUUGCAUUACACCGGGGCACUUUCUAGUGCCCCGAUGACCCUCACUAGUGCCCCUCCACAAAACGCGACGUUAGUCGCGAACAACUUUAUCGACUCUCUUAAAAGCCUUAAUUCGAAGAAAUACCCAGCUAAAGUACCGAAUAAUGUAGAUCAUUCGUUACUUUUUACAGUUGGGCUCGGGAUUAACCCGUGCCCAACUUGUAUCCCGGCUAAUGGAAGCCGGGUUGUUGCUAGUAUUAACAAUGUUACGUUUGUUAUGCCAACGACCGCGCUUUUACAAGCUCAUUUCUUUGGCAUAAAAAACGUUUUUACGACGGAUUUCCCGGGAAAUCCGCCGUUUAUUUUCAACUAUACGAGUACAUUACCACCACCAAGUUUGGCUACGACGAACGGAACCAAACUUUACCGUCUGCGUUAUGACGCGACGGUACAGUUGGUUUUGCAGGAUACUGGAAUUAUAGCUCCUGAGAAUCAUCCGAUUCAUUUGCAUGGUUUUAAUUUCUUCGCAGUGGGUAAAGGUUUAGGGAAUUUUAAUCCGAAAAUCGAUACGAAGAAUUUUAAUCUUAUCGAUCCUGUUGAAAGGAAUACAAUUGGAGUUCCAUCUGGAGGAUGGGUUGCUAUAAGAUUCCGCGCUGAUAAUCCAGGAGUUUGGUUUAUGCAUUGCCAUCUAGAGAUACACACAACAUGGGGAUUGAAAAUGGCAUUUCUUGUAGAUAAUGGAAAGGGUCCAAAUGAGUCACUUUUGCCACCUCCAAAGGAUCUUCCAAAAUGCUAAAAAAGAAAAAAGAAGAAGAAAA